UUCUUUGCAUUGCUCUUUUCAGGAAGCUCUGUAAAAUGAACUGUAGUUAUACAUUUCAAAGAGAACUGUUAGCUCCUAUCUACAGUGUGGAGAUGUGUGUGGCACUGGUGGGGAACAUACUGGCACUGUGGCUGCUUGUGACUAAGGAGAAGAAGAACUGGAACAUGGGAUUGGUGUUCUCCUGCAACCUGAUCAUCAGCGACAUUUUUUAUGCCAUCAUUCUUCCUCUUCGCGUCGUCUACUAUUCAAAAGAACGGGUCUGGGUACUGGGUGAAGCUCUCUGCAAAAUUGAGCGCUUUCUCUUCACCUGUAACCUCUACGUCAGCAUUUACUUCAUCAUGUGCAUCAGUGUUUAUCGAUACCUGGCUAUCGUUCAUCCUAUCUUCACAUGCAAAUACAUUUACCAGAAACAUGCCAAGAUCAUCAGCCUGUUCGUCUGGAUCUUUGUGGCAAGCAUUUCAUCAACAAUCUUCUACUUUGCAGGUGUGAAUAGCAACAACAGAUGUUCUGUAUUUGUAAAUAAUAGCAGUCAAUCAUUAAGGAAGACUAACUACAGGGUGUUUAUGGCUGUUUCAGGCUGUUUGGUCCCAUUUGUAGUUACCUUUGCAUCAUAUUUUGGUGUAAUAAUGGCUGUUUUUAAAAAUGCAAAUAUCACCCCACUGCAGAAGAAAAAAGUGGCCCUGAUUGUGGGUUUAGGCUGCGUCCUGUAUGCUGUGUCUUUUGUCCCCUAUCACAUUCUGCAAAUAUGGAAUUUUAAACUGUGGGCAGAAAAUAAACCUAAUUGUUAUGUGCGUAAUGGAUACCAAGUGUCAAAAGCAUUAGCCUGCCUGAACAUGUGUCUUCAUCCCAUCCUGUACAUGGCUGUGUUUGACAGCAUCAGGGCAGUGUGCUGCAGAAGGACAGCAAAUUAA